AGAAACCAAUCAGCCAAUGGAAUGUUGAAAUGGGACAGGAUUUGACAUAUUUUUCAGUCACAGAAUCCCAACCCGUCUCAAAAUACACUAACCCUAAAAAGAAAAAUUGGAUUACGCUUCAUGCUGUAUCGACAGAGUGUAUGAAUACCAUCUGACAAGAUUUCCUCACGCACUAUCAUUUUAUCCUUCAGUUUGCAGUUCUCCCUUACCUAUGGGACAGUAUGCCAGUAAUUUCACUGUUCCUGACAAGGAUGCUGUCACCAAGCACACCAAUCCUAAAAAAGCUAACUGGAUAACAGUACAUGCUGUUUCAUCAGAAUUGAGCAUAGCAGAAGUAGAGAGACUUUGGUUUAGAUUUCAGCAAUUGGGAUGUAAUGAAAAUGGUGAAAUACCUGAGGCAGAUUUACAGUCUUUAGCAAUACAAGAUGAUGCUUUUUCAAGAAAUAUAUUAAAAAAGUUCAUGGUGAAUAAGAAAGUAACCUUUGAAAACUUUGUACGUGGAUUAAAAUGGUGUGAGUUAAGUACUGUAGAUGAAAAACUUAGAGGUUUAUUUCGUAUGUUGUAUAAUGCACAGCCAAUACCAAAAGCCGUAUUUACAAAGAUUUUAGAAAGAGUUUAUUCCAAGCCUCAAGAUAAACAGAACAUUGGUAAAACAUGUGACACAAUAUACAAAAUGAUGGAUCCCAAAAACUCAGGACAAAUACAAGAAGAUGGAUUUGUGGCAGGAUGUAUGACUUUAGAAGAAGACAUGCUAGAAAGUAUAUUAGAUUUCCAGAUCCUUCCUAAUUACAUGAAAGAAAAACUCCAUCAAAAUCUUCCAGAGUUCAGCAGUCAGACAAGCCAGAGAACCCCAGGAGGAGAUAUACCAUCAGACGAAACACUAGAAGACAUUGCUGCAAGAAUUUACAAUAAGGAUUUAGAAAGAUUGGCCAAUAAACUUGGUCUUGUUAAGGAUGAUAUUGAUGAAAUUAGAGAUAUAUAUAGUCAAAGGCAGGAACAGGCAUAUCAGAUGCUUAAGAAGUGGAAACAGAGAGAAGGACAAGAUGCUUAUAGUUCAGUGUUAGAGAAAGCAUUACGGUCAUGUGGGAUGGGAGAUGCUGCUAUGUUGUUAGGACCAUAAAGUUAUUAUUGUUGUGGUCAUUGUUUUGGGAGAUCUUUAAUUCUAAGCAAUCGUUAUUGAUAAUAUUUCAAAAAAGACUGUAAAAUCUCAAAUUUAUCGUGCUGAUAACUUUACCAAUUACACAUUUAUUUAUUUUACCAGUUUCAAAGUACAACUAUGUUUUACUGAAUUAAAGUUUAAGUAAAUCAAAGUUAAGGACAGAUAUAACAUUAGUAUUUGUUGUAUAUCUGUGGUACUGUAAAUUCAGAAAUUAUUGCGUGCAUUUAUUAUUGCGAUUUUAGAGGAAGAGACAAAAAUGCGAGAUUAAUUAUUGCGAAUUCAGAAUCAUCUGCAUAAAGAUAUGUGUAUAAGAUUUCGGAAUGCGAGUUCUUAUUAUUGCGUUACUCAACCAGUCACAUUAUUUGCAUUAAUAAAACCCUCGCAAUAAUUUCUGAAUUUACAGUAUCUUUAUACAUUUGUGGAAUAUAAAUUUUAUAUACAAGUCUAAUACAAUUUAUGUGUAUUGAUGGAUAGUCUUGUUACAUACUCUGUAACAUUUUAAAUUAUUAUGUAUUACGUACUUGAUUUGUAGCAAUAAAUCCAGCAUUACAUUUACAAAACUUAAAAAGCAAUAGCUCUUAAUUAAACCUACAUAAUAUAAUGAAUCAACUUUACUCAAACCAGAGAUGCUUGAAUACAUGAAAUGAGAUCAAACUAUAGUAUAUUGAAUUACUCCGUCCAUUAUGUGCAUUGAUAUGACAGAAUAUUUAUGUAUUUUUUUAAUAAAAAUUCAUUGAAAGAUAAAA